AUGGAGUUCUCGGACGCAAUUGAGGAGCUAAAAGCCCUUCCUGAGGGAACCCAUAUUCUCUGUCCAAGACAGAGAGAGGACGAUCAUGACCGCUACGAAGACCUUGACCGAGUCGAUGAGAAUGGAAGGACGUUUACGGACAUAGUUCAAGAUGCCAGGGCCCGCAAAGAGAAGUUUCUUUCAUCGAUGCGUAUUCUAGCCUAUAAUGCAGAUGGCGUGGAAGAUAUGCAGACCUGGAUAUUGAGCAAGUUGGAUGAGUCGCUGGAAAAAUGUGACCUCUGUAUCAAACAAUAUUACACUGGGAAGAUUUGGCUCCUGGAUCAACUGAAGGAGUCCUAUCAAGAUGAAGAUAUUGAAGUGUUUGCCAAUCGUCUGGAUGAAUGGGAUAUCAAGCGAAUCACACGGAAUCUGAAGACGGCAACUACUCAGUUGAAAAGCGUUCCCCCACAGGAAAUCGCUCUCAAUAUCCUGGAUCGGGCUGCGCUCCUUUCUAUUUUCGAAACCUUGAGUUGUGAGGCCAUGUUGCGUAGUGAUAGUCUUCUUCAGCAACAUUUUGAUGAGCCGUUCAAGCUUAUACAGACAAGGCGGACUCUGAAGAUUACUGACUAUGUUCCGGCUGUUACUCGGUUUUUAUUUGACUCAAACCAGCUUCGAAGCUUCUGGGCCAUCUCGACAUGGGCACGAUAUACACGUACGCCAACGAGAUUGGAAUUCGAAUGGGCAAUUCGAGACGGUCUUCUUGGUGCGCUGCAGGCAGGAAUGCAGGCAGCGUCUCAAUCACCGAUCCAGCUUGCCGUCAUCCAGCGAUUGUGGCGCGGCAUGCAACUCAUCGUUAAGAAACUGGAUAAAGAUCAAAUCACACAUCAGCUGCGAGCGCUAGAAAUUGAUCCUUGCCGUCUUUCUGUCGAUCACCUGGCUCUCAACACUCCUGGGCUGCGAUUCCUCUUGAACACCAUUCAAACUCUUUUGGAGAAAGCCCCGGCCGAUUUUUGGGAUGCUAUGCAAACCAUCUCUCCUCAAGCGAUCGCCGAACACACCUUUUCUAACCCUCAAUUCAUUGCUUUUCUCACGCAGAAUACGGAGGGCGAGCCAUAUGAGAAGUCUGCAUUGAAGGAUAUGCUCUCAUGGAUUGGUCCUUUUCUCGCUUCCCUCAAAGGUGUUCACCAGCCUUCUGCUUGUCGAUUUCUAGCAUCGCAGCUGUUGAAGCGUCUUCAAAUCCCGGCGUUUCCUAACCUCUCUCGAUAUCAUUGCUUCCACGUCGGCCUGACUAGUCUUUUACAUACUCUUCGCCGAUUCACCGAUGACGAAGCAUCAAGAAGUUCGGUCGACCGAGUUGUCCUGAAAGAAACCAUGGAUGUUGUCGUUGAUACCAUCAACGUAAUUCUUAACCCCCCUACCUUCGCUAUCGAGCAGCGCCGGCAACACGAAAUCACUCAGCUGUGCAUGGACGUUGUUCGGAAUACUCUGGCUCUGGAGUGCCAGUCUCUGAAAAGCGACUACGAGGUCAUUCUAAAGCUUGGAUCUCUCUCUCAUGGAGUGUCUACUUACUCGGCUCCUAUCUGGGAAGCAGUGAUUCAGCACCUUCAUCAAAAUAACCUUGCCUUAUCUACUGCAGCCCUACUGGGAAUUCUUCCUCUCGUGGGGUUGGAAAAAUUCCCUACAAAGAGCGAGGACAACAAGGAGAAGACGCACUUCAACAUGAUUUACGGCCAUCUCACUCAUCUGUCCUGCCAGAUCAUCGAACGACUGGCUGACUUCACCCCUGACCACCUGAAGAUCCUCUUCCAAAGCCAGGAUACUUGCAGUGCUCUUAUAUCCACGCUGUUUGCUGCUGACCUCAACACCUACCAGGCUGCCGUGGACCUGAUUAAGAAUGUGGCCGGUGGUCAAUCAGCUCGGCGGGAUGCUAUCUCCUGGCUUCUUGAAACGUAUUUCACCACGACCAUGUAUGGUCUGAGCUGGUCUUUUCGUCGCAUCUCCAACAUGAAGACCUUUGCCCCUGCCCCCCGCAUGCUGCACACGGGAACCGAUAUCGUAGAGAUUCUGUGUAAUAGCCAGACCGGGAUGCUACGUACUCGCAAUUUUACGGAUCGACGAGAGAUCCUGUCGUUGCAGAAACUCUGGGAAUUUCUGUGGCAAUCGUUGAGCACCAUCUUCUCCGAAACCGAGAAUUGGCACAAGAGAGGCAAUGAUACGAAGGUGAUGACUGAAUUUUGUCGUGAUACCAUCCAGUUCGCGGAUUUCCUGUUCGAUCAAUAUGCUGUGUUCCUCGGUGCGGUGGAAGGGGCGGAUCCGGCGCAGAAGUCCGUCUCUGAGAACUUCAUCAAGUCGCCCACGGCAACUAUGAGUUCAAUGGUGGGUUGGUUGCGACUGAAAGACGUGUUCCUGGCCGAGACACUGGUUGGGCUGGUGUCAAAGAUUCUGCGGCGUCUGGCUGCCUUGGACGUGACAACAGUCAACCAAGAAGCAAUCAAGUACAUUUACGACGUUGCGGUGAAUCAUACCGUCAAAACGAUCCUGAAAAGUCGCGACAAGGCAGAACUCGUCCAGGCACUAGGCACCUACCUGAAGAAGCCUAUCAAUACGGCUUCCACUGCGUCCCUCAAGAAGCAGAGCUCCAUUGCUGCCUUUGUCAAACCUCUUGACUCCUCCGUUUCCUCUUCUCUCACCCCCAGUGAGGAUGACUUUGACGACGUCUCAGACCAAACACUUCUUGAUCUCUCUCGCUCUGUGGAAUUAAACAAAAACCGUCUGGCUCUGGCGAACAAACGCAAUUCUCAACAAGACACCAGAAUGUCGGCUUCGACCACGCUAAAUGCGCGUCCUCCCGUCGUCAAAGGCCUUGUUGCGCAACGACCCAGGGACGAUGCCACAAGCGUGCUAUCCUUCCGUGAGAAGCGCGAGCGAGAGAAAGAAGCCAAAAAGAAGCGUGACAUGGCCGAACUGGCACGGCUCAAGAAGAACAUGCCUGUGGGCGGAGUCGCAGAACAAACCGCAGAGCAAGGCUCUGGCCUUAAAGGUAUUGGUGUCAAGGGUAAAGAUCAUGCCAUUCCUGCAGAUAGUAUGAUGGUUUCUUCAGGCGAGGACACAGACACUGAAAGCGAGGAUGAACUAGAUAAAGAAUUAUUCGGUGCCAAACCCAAGAAGCCUGAGGCCGUCGCGGCGUAUGAGCAAAGCAAGAAGCAAUCGUUGCAGCGAAUGCCGGUCAAGAAGGUGAAACGCCACCGAUCUGUCAAGGAUAUGCGUGCUCGACUGGCCCCAGAUCUUUCUUCUCUUCACCAUUCCAUCCUAUCGUGGGAAUUCUUCGCAACUGGAGACCUUCCGCCUAGUUCAGGUCGUACGGACUAUACUCUGGUUUCGAACGCCUUCCGUUCUCCCACGGACUACCAGAACACCUUUGAACCCUUGUUGAUCCUCGAAGCCUGGCAGCAGUUCCAGCAGGCAAAGGAAGAAGGCUCGUUCCGGCCCUUUGAGGUCAAAGUGAUGUCCCGCUUGACUGUGGACUCAUGGAUUGAGUUCAGCACCCAGCCAACCUCGCCGCCACCCAAGGAUUUCAGCAUAGGCGAAGGCGAUCUUAUUCUUUUUGGCAGCGCUCAGAGGCCGCAUCAGGACCCCAAUGCAGGACACGUGCUUGCUAGAGUUUGUGCCGUCAACCGGAAAGGUGGCAAACUUGAAGUAACCUACCGCAUGAAUCCUGGCAACAGCAAAUUCCUCUCGUCCUUUGGUACCGGAUCUACCACCUGGGGAGUCAAAGUGACCUCUUUGACCCCCGUGGAGCGAGAAUAUGGUGCUCUGAUGGCGUUGCAGUACUACGAUUUAUGCGAAGAAAUUGUCCUGGCUAAACCGUCGCCUAUUCUCUCCUAUGGAGACGCAAAGUUGCAACCUAUCAUGGAUAACUACACUAUUAACCGUGCCCAGGCCAAAGCUAUAAAGUCGGCGUUGGACAACGAUGCUUUUACUCUCAUCCAGGGUCCGCCUGGUUCAGGAAAAACCAAAACGAUUGUAGCUCUUGUCGGCAGCCUCCUGACCCACGUCCUCGGGAAUGUUUCUAUCUCUAUUGGAACAGGAUACAGCGCGGACCGUAUUGCUCACUCAGCCUCUUCCAAGAAGAUUCUACUGUGUGCGCCAAGCAAUGCUGCUGUGGACGAACUUGUCAUGCGUUUGAAGGAAGGAGUCAGAACCAUUCAUGGCCGUAAUGAGAAAGUCUCGGUUCUUCGUCUAGGAAGAACUGACGCGAUCAAUUCUAAGGUGGUGGAUGUGACUCUUGAGGAGAUGGUUAACGCUCGUCUAAGUCAGGAACCUGCCGCAGGGAACAAUGUCGAUAUACAGAAGCUGUAUGAUGAGCACAAGUCAGCCGAUACUCGUUUCAAAGAAAUCCGGGCCUCUCUGGAUGAUUGCAGGGCAAAGGGCCUCCCGGCGCCGGAGGAGCUUGAACGCGAAUUUGAACUGAUGAAAAAGAAGCGGUCUGAUUUGAGUACAAAGAUUGAUAAAGCUCGCGAUCAAGUCCACAUGUUGGCUCGUAAUGCUGAUAUGCACAAACGACGGAUUCAGCAAGAGAUCAUCGAUGGAUCCCAUGUUAUUUGCACAACUCUGAGCGGUUCCGGCCACGAAAUUUUCCAGUCCAUGAACGUCGAAUUUGAGACUGUAAUCAUUGAUGAGGCUGCCCAGUGUAUCGAGUUGAGUGCCUUGAUUCCCUUGAAGUAUGGCUGCUCCAAGUGUGUCCUUGUCGGUGAUCCCAAGCAGCUUCCUCCUACUGUCCUAUCGAAGAUGGCAUCUCAAUUCCAGUACGAACAAAGUCUUUUCGUCCGCAUGCAGAAAAACUACCCACAAGAUGUUCAUCUGCUGGACGUUCAGUACCGUAUGCAUCCGGCUAUCAGCUGUUUUCCCAGCCUAACGUUCUACGAGGGCAAGCUGCAGGAUGGCCCGGACAUGGAAAAGCUUCGAAACCGCUCAUGGCAUCAAAGUGAUUUGCUCAGUCCAUACCGUUUCUUCGAUGUUCAGGGCAUGCAUCAAAGUAUGGCCAAGGGCCAUUCCUUGGUGAACUAUGCGGAGGUGCAAACUGCGAUGCAACUUUACGACCGGCUGGUCACAGAUGUCAAGGAUUUCGACUUUUCGGGCAAGAUUGGUAUCAUCACGCCUUACAAGGGUCAACUGAGAGAAAUGAAGUCCCGUUUCGCAGAUCGAUACGGUGAGGAGAUUCUCAAGACUAUCGACUUCAAUACUACCGACGCGUUCCAGGGUAGAGAAAGCGAAGUCAUCAUCUUCUCCUGUGUUCGUGCUUCAAAUAAGGGUAUUGGUUUCUUGGCUGAUAUCCGACGUAUGAACGUCGGUCUCACUCGUGCUAAAUCAUCGCUCUGGGUUCUGGGCAACUCUCGCGCUCUGCAGCAGGGCCAGUUCUGGAACAAGCUUAUCGAGAACGCGCGGGAACGCAAUGUCUACACAGAAGGAAAUAUUUCCAAACUGCUGGAGCGGCCUCAAUUCACAGGUUACAGGGAAGUCGACAUGGUGGAUGCCGACGCGUCAAUUUCACCUCCGAUCUCGAAGGAAAGCGCCUUGUCUUGUGAAUUUCCUACGCCUUCUGCACCCUCGGAGCCCUCUAUCUCUCGGUCGUCCUCUACUUCGAUCAACUCUGACCAAGGAUUGGCUCCGACAUCUGCUAUGGGACAUGGCGCUCCCAAUCCUCCUCCAGAAGGUCCCUCUGGCGGAGCUGUUGGAUUGGACGAAACAAGGAUGUGUGGAAUUUGCGGCAGUGGUGAGCAUUUUACCCAUGGGUGUGACAAUGCCGAUGCCAAAGAAGCUGCUCGAGGCAAGUGUUUCCGGUGUGGUCAAUUCGGUCACAAUAAAUCUGCCUGUACUGCAGAUCGCUGUAUGGAAUGUGGCGAGUUCGGGCACAAGACUCUCAAGUGCACCACUACCAAGGCUCUCUCGAAGUUUGAAAAGUCCCGUCUCGCACAAGAUGAGCGCAGAUACCAGGAUCAGCGGAAGCAAAACGUGGAGCGCCAACGCCAGCGACAGAUGGGUGGCCACGAUCCUAAGGUUCCAACUAUUCAGGUUACUACCCACACUCCACCCGGCAGCGAGAAUUCUGGCAGCAAGCGAAAACGCAUCGACACUGCCUCCGACGCCCCUCAAGCCUCGCGACCUCGGACUGGCCCUUCCAAUUCACUGGCUAAUGCUCCAAAGGGUCCUCGAAAUGCUGUUCCCCCUCCUGGUCUUAUCAAACCUUCUCGAGACGGCCCUGCAUACUCUGCUGUCGCCAAAGGGCCCGUCAUGGGCAAUCCGCCAUCAGGACCCCGCGCCCUUGAGGCCCCAAGAGGACCUGCACCCAAGCCCCGCCCUCCUAUGCGUAAGAAAAAGGAAGCGGAUCCCUUCAUUCGGCCCAAGCAGAGACGCAACUAG